AUGAGAGGCUACAACAAGAACGUUCGGCCCAUGGAGAAGAGUGGUGACAUCACACAGGUCACCGUCAAGAUGACCCUCACCAACCUUAUAUCCCUGGUCAGUGUGUGUGUGUGUGUGUGUGUGUGUGUGUGUGUGUGUGUGUGUGUGUGUGUGUGUGUGUGUGUGUGUGUGUGUGUGUGGUGUGUGUGUGUGUGUGUGUGUAUGUGUGUGUGAUCAUCUUACUUUCUAUCCCUAGAAUGAAAAGGAAGAAGCCCUUACAACCAGCGUCUGGAUUGAAAUGGUAAUAUCCCUUGUCAACGCAGGUUAAACACUCACACAGCGGCUUGAUACCACACCAUGUCUCUAGACUCUUUGUCUUCGCUUCCUUUCAAAUUCUAAUUGUUUUCUGCUUUUUCCAUUGUUAGAAAUGGUGUGACUACAGGCUGAGGUGGGACCAACCUCCCAGGUCUGCCCUGUAUGGAAACCUCACCUCUGAGAUGAGGAUCCCCUCCAAGAGCAUCUGGCUGCCUGACAUCAUCCUGGAGAACAAGUGAGUCUAGAAAGCAUGACAUAAAAUCAUCACUUAACGUGCUGGCCAAGGGAACACUGCAGAUUCAUGAUAACGGCGUCCAUAUUAGGAAGUUGUCAGACAAAACAUGUGAUCCCAUACAUAACCUCUCUCCUUUCUCUGUGUCUCCAAAGUGUGGAUGGAAAGUUUGAGAUAGCCAUGUACUGUAAUGCCCUGGUCUCUCCUGGUGGCUGUGUGUACUGGCUGCCUCCUGCCAUCUAUCGCAGCGCCUGCUCCAUCACCGUCAACUACUUCCCCUUCGACUGGCAGAACUGCACCAUGGUCUUCCGGUAUGGGCAUCACAGUCUCAACUGACAUUAACCACCAGCUGCAGGUAGCCUAGUGGUUAAGAGCGUUGGGCCAGUAACCGAAAAGGUUGCUGGUUUGAAUCCCCGAGCUGGCAAGGUGGAAAAAUCUGCUGUUCUGCCUUUGAGCAAGGCAGUUAACCCCAACAGCAACUGCUUCCCAGUCACCGAUGACGUUGAUUAAGGCAGCCCCUCACACCUCUCUGAUUCAGAGAGACACAUUUCAGUUGCAACUGACUAGUUCCCCCUUAACCUUGCUGGGCCAUUAUACUGUAUACCCUUUCAGCAGAUCUGAAUGAAUUGAGUAGAGGCUGGAUUCUAUCCGUAUCGCAGAAUCUGUGUUAAAAUGUAAAGGUAAUAUCCGAUUGAGCUGACACAUGCAGCAUUUACCGUGAAUGCAGUCUUUUAGUUUCACGGUUAUGGAUGACUGUGUUUCCUCUAUCCACGUGUUCAGUUCCCAGACCUACAACGCUAACGAGAUAGAACUAGUUCUGACGGAGGAGGACAACCAGCCUGUGGAGUGGGUGGUGAUCGACCCCGAGGCUUUUACAGGUAUUGCAGUAACCCUACGCCGCAAACACCUUGAUUGAUUUAUGUGUUUUUUUGUGAGCGUAUGAAAAAUACAUAGAACAUCGUUCUCUCUCGUUCUCUCUCGUUCUCUCUCGUUCUCAUGCACUCUCGUUCUCUCGUUAUCUCAUUCUAGACAGAAUUGGAUAAUGUUCUAAGCAGCAUACAUGGAAGCCAUGACACUAUUCAUAUUAACUCUAGCUCUCCUCUGUUGCCAGAGAAUGGGGAGUGGAUCAUCAAGCACAGGCCUGCUAAGAAGCUGAUUAACCAGCGCUACACUAAAGAUGAGUUAGAGUACCAGGAAGUGGUGUUCUUCCUGAUGAUCCAGAGGAAACCUCUGUUCUACGUCAUCAACAUCAUCGUCCCCUGUGUCCUCAUCUCAUCCCUGGGCCUGCUUGUCUACUUCCUGCCUGCCAAAGGUGACGACUGCAUGGACACACACACACACGAAAGCAUUCACAUGCACCAGAGGAAGCUGGUGGGAGGAGCUAUAGGAGGACGAGCUCAUUGUAAUGGCUGGAAUGGAAUGUAUGGAACGGUACCAAACACAUCAAACAAAUGGAAACCACAUGUUUGACUCCGUUCCAUUAAUUCCAUUCCAGUCAUUACAAUGAGCCCGUCUUCCUUUAGCGCCUCCCACCAGCCUCCAUUGACAUGUACACACGUAUGCACACCCACGUUCACAAACACACACACACACUCACAUACUCACCGUCCGCCCUCAAGAUAUUCACCUAACCUGCCCGGUAACACCUUUAGAUGCUCAUGAAACCCAGUACAUACAGUAUUUCAUUGUCUGAAGAUGAACUGCAAGUCGCCCUGGAUAAGAGCUACAAAUGACUCAAAUGUAAAUGUCAAUGUAAGAUGUUCAUCAGCUGAUUGACUCUCUGUGCUUGUGGUCUGAUAUUGGUUUUGGUCAGCUGGGGGUCAGAAGUGCACCGUGUCCAUCAUGAUCCUCCUGGCCCAGACGGUUUUCCUCAUCCUCAUAGCCAACAAGGUUCCAGAAACUUCCCAGACUGUUCCUCUUAUCGGAAAGUAAGACCACUUAUUUUAAUAUAUUUAACUUAGACUAUUUUACUGCUUCACUUAAAUAAAACAUUUAAACUUCUUCAACUACCACAAAAAUACUUCUAAAGAGUGGAAGCAAGUCACACAAUUUUCUUAAUGGAAAAUGACCUUCUAGUUCUAAUAUGUUAUUCCAUUAAAACAAAAAACAAUGUUUUAAGUGAGAAGUAGCCAUUGGUCGGAAGUUGAUAAAGAAAGGAAAUUCAGGAGCAUCACAAUGCCUACUUCACCCAUGCUCUACCAAGGUUUUCCAGCACACAGCUUUGACCUGCUACAGUUGCUAUGUUGGUCUGUUGUACUUCAAACAAUGUGUAUGCAGGUUGCUUAGGAUUCAAACCUUCUCAAACAGCUUAAUUCAUACUCUUAGAGGAGGUUCUCCAACAAUAAUGGGAUUUGUACCGCAUACAAGGUAAAGUAUUGGAUUCUUCCCACAUCACACUAAGACAUUUUCCCAUUCCACUACCUUUUCAAGCAUUUUUUUUAUUAUAUCAAAGCUAGCUUUGAUUUAUGCUUACAAGACUAUCAGGCUUGAUUGAGUGAGCUGUUUUGUCUUGUAGUGAUGUGGUGCCUGCCUGUAUUUCCUUAAAUCUUUAUUUAGCAAUACAUGUCAAAAUAUUUCAUAACAUAAAUUCUGGGUCAGUAGGUGCCCAGAGGUCUAUAGAGCCUGUCUGCAGUCCUGAUUUCUGUAACCGUUAGCUUUAAUGGCUUUAUGUGUUUUGUAGGUACCUGAUGUUUGUCAUGUCCGUGACCACCAUCAUAGUAAUGAACUGCGUCAUCGUGCUGAACCUGUCUCUAAGGUCCCCCAAUACACACAUCAUGACAAAUAAAGUCAGAAAGGUAAGACUAUAAAACUGUGACCAGCAAGUUUGUCAGAGGCGUCCCAAGCCAUUACGAGAUGGCUUGUUAGGCCAUAAGGGAAAGUUUGGCUGAUCUGGACUGGUAGUGUUGACCAGGGUUGGGGUCAAUUCAGGAAUUAAACUGAAAUUCUAAUUCAAUAAUUAAUUUUUAAAAAUCUGAUUUGAAUGAUUUAUCAAUAAACUGAGGACAAGCUAUCUAUCAAAACAUUUUUUAAACAUCCUGAAUUGAGUGUCUUCAAUUCGAAUUGGCCCCAUACUUACAUUUACAUUUUAGUAAUUUAGCAGACGCGCUUAUCCAGAGCGACGUACAGGAGCAAUUGGACUGCAAUUGACAGUGUCGGCUCAGGGAUUCAAACCAGCGACCUUUCGGUUAUUGGCCCAAUGCUCUUAACCACUAGGCUACCUGCCCCAACUCUGGUGUUGAACAUUGACCCUUGACGUUGUUGACCUCAGGUCCUGCUGAACAUCCUGCCUCGGCUGCUGAGGAUGCAGAUGCGACCGUGGACACCGUCUGAGGACUGUGACUUCAGUGAUGGAACCGGUAAUGGUCACAGUUACAGUACCGACGGUGGGAGUAACGUAUUUCUAGUCCCCUGCCGGCGCCGCAGCUCCCUAGGACUCAUCAUCAAGGCAGAAGAAUACGUCAUGAAGACGGCCCGGUCUGAACUCAUGUUCUCCAGGCUCAGAGAGAGAGACGGCCUCAUGAAAUCUGCACUGGAGAAGAUCCGUGAGUAGGGUUACAAAUAGAAUAUUACAAUGGGAAUUUGGGGAAUUGAUGGGAAUUUUCGGUUAUACUGUACUUACCCUCCACUUAGGAUAAGGAUAAGGGUUAGUGUAAGGGUUAGGGUUGAACCCUAGGGUUAAAGCUAGGGUUACUGCUGUAAGUACAGUGUAAUUACGCAAUAAUAAGUGCAGUUUAAUGUAAAGUGUAUCACAUUUUCAAUCUUAGCUGCAAGAAAAUUGCAAGAAAUGUGUAUAGGUUGAUUCUCUGUUUGACCUUUGACCCUAGAUAACAGUCUUGAGGGGGGUACGGCACAGGACCUGGGGACCAGCCUGGCCCAGGCCUCACCAGAGGUGCGCCAGUGUGUGGAAUCCUGCAAACAUAUUGCUAAGAGCGCCAGGCAACAAAACAACUUUGAAAGCGUGAGUCUCCCCAAAGUGUUUCACCCACCUGGGUGAUGCACGGCUGCCAUUUUGUGCCAGAAAAUGUUUCUGUAAUAACGCUCAUUACUCUCUCAUUAUUGAACAUUUAGAGUGAUUGUCCACUUCUUAGUCUCCCCUCUGACCUGUCCCUCUGAUGCCACACACAGGAGAACGAGGAGUGGUUCCUGGUUGGCCGGGUGAUUGACAGGGUGUGCUUCAUCGCCAUGGCGCUGUCGUUCUUCAUGGGUACCAUCGGAAUCUUUCUGAUGGGGCAUUUCAACCAGCCCCCCUCCGUGCCUUUCCCUGGUGAUCCCAGGAAGUACCUUCCUCCAUUAGGGAAUAACAUCACCGAUCCCUUUGGGAAUGACACUGGAGAAAAUCUACUGGGUUGAGACUGUAAGGAGGGGCAUGAAAUGUCCAUAAACCAGGAGGAGAAGUCUGAAAAUGGCCCAUGAAAUGAAUGGGGUUUAGCAGAGGUUCUAGAGGCUACAGGAUGCUUUGAGAUAUCUAUGGUUAUGUCUGCAUUGGUGGUCUGAGACUGAAACUAAACCAUGUGGGUCUGUCAGAAGUGUUACAGUCUAUGAGUUCACUCAUUCAGUGAGACAUGAAGGAUUUUGGCAGAAAAUUAUAGAUAUCCAUAUUAUUUACACAGG